AUGUCCAGCCAACCUCUGCUCCAGACUGCCCCCGGCAAACGCAUCGCCCUCCCCACCCGCGUUGAGCCCAAAGUCUUCUUCGCCAACGAGCGCACCUUCCUCUCAUGGCUCAACUUCACCGUUAUUCUCGGCGGACUUGCCAUGGGCCUUCUCAACUUCGGUGAUCGCACCGGCCGCAUCGCUGCCAUAAUGUUCACCCUCGUCGCCGUUGCUGCCAUGCUUUACGCCCUCAUCACAUUCCAUUGGAGGGCGAAGUCGAUCAGGAUGAGAGGCCAGGGCGGGUUUGACGAUAGAUUCGGGCCCACGGUUCUGGCCAUUGCUUUAUUGGCCGCUGUGGUGGUCAACUUUGCGUUGAGGUUCAGCUCGUAG